AUGGUUCUAUUUUCAAUCGAAAUCCUGCGUGGAUGCUAUAUGCUAGAUGGAAGGGAGAAAAUAGCCAUGUUGAUGUUUUCCGAUGCUGAUUCAACCAGAUAUGAAGUUCCUAUUCCUCUGCCAAAAAUGAACUUACAAGAUCAAGCUGCAAAAGAUCCAAUUUACAGCGUUGAAGUGAAUAUGGAUCCUUUUUCACUUGUGGUAAAGCGAAAAUCAACAGAUACAGUAAUCUUGGACAUAAGUCAUGGCGGUUUCAUCUUUGAAGACCAGCUGCUACAAAUUUCAUCAUCUGUUCCGUCUAAAUACCUCUAUGGUUUAGGCGAGCAUGAACAUGAGUCUCUUCUUCAUCAAAAUUGGAAUUGGCAUCGUUGGGGAAUGUUUUCAAGGGAUGAAUUUCCUGGCCCAAACAGAAAUUUAUAUGGCGUCCAUCCUAUGUACUUAAAUAUUGAAGAUGAUGCUGCAAAUUCUCAUGCUAUACUUUUAUUAAACAGCAAUGCUAUGGAGGCGGUUUUAACCCCUAUGCCUGGCAUUACUUGGCGUACCAUCGGCGGAGUACUGGACUUUUAUGUCUUUCUUGGGUCGACGCCAUCAGAAGCAGUUAGCCAGUAUAUCAAUGCGAUUGGAUUGCCGUACUUUCCUCCGUAUUGGGCUCUAGGAUUUCAAUUAUGUCGAUGGGGUUAUAACAGCUUAGAUCGAGUUAAACAAGUAGUUGAUGAUAUGCGGAAUGCAGAUAUUCCACAAGAUAUCCAAUAUGGUGAUAUCGACUACAUGAGCGAUCAAUUAGAUUUCACAUGGAAUAAGACUUCCUAUGCUGGUUUACCGGAAUUUGUUCAAGACUUACAUCAGCAUGGACAACAUUACAUUAUAAUAUUGGAUCCUGCUAUUGGCGCUAGCCAGCCAGCUGGAAGUUAUCCUCCAUACGAAGAUGGCAAAGCUAAGGAUAUUUUUAUUCGCCACGGUGAUGGUCGCCCAAUGCUUGGCAAGGUAUGGCCUCCUGGCAACGCUGCAUUCCCUGACUAUACCAACACUACUACUCAUACAUGGUGGCAAAAUCAUAUUGUCGAUUUUCAUCGUAAUGUUUCAUUUGAUGGCUUAUGGAUUGAUAUGAAUGAGCCAGCCAAUUUUGUACAAGGAUCGGUUGAGGGAUGCACAAAUAAUCAAUACAAUAAUCCACCCUACAAACCAGGCAAGCAUGGAAAGAUAAUUUUACUUUAA